GUUGCCGUCUGUACAAGACCUCUAAAGCAGGCCAAGCCACUCUGAGGAUAAGGGUGGCUUCCUAGGUUUCCAGCCUGAGUUCACAGCAGAAUUGUUGCAAGCUUGAGCCUUUAUUUUCCUAGUCAGUGUGGUGCAGCAGAUCACACAUGCUGACUAUCUGUAUGCCUGGGACAUUUGUGUGUACAGAUGCUUCAUCUGCAUGGCUACAGGCUGUAUGAACUUGGAAGUUAGAAGGCAAGCAUCUAAUUCUGGAAGGUCGGUUGGGUCUAAGGCCCACUAUCCUGAGCUCAUUUGCAGUGGCUGAAGCUUCAGUAGUUUAGCAUAAGAUUGGUUGUUACUCCAAUAGAAAGAUGUCUUUGCCCAAUGCCAUGCCUUAACAACAGUGUUAGAAGUCUCUGAAGCAACUGCAAAGGAAAGUCACAGUUCUGCAGAAACUACUAAGCUACUAGUGAAAUGGUUGAUUUAUUUGCAUUUGUGUCUGCCUUGUCCUAGGUUCUUAGGGUGAUCUACUUUAAUCUGACGAUAACAGGGUAGUGAGGUUGAGUGACAGCCCAGUUUCAGUUUGCAAACAUUAAAAGCCCCUUCUGUCGUUGAAUAAGAUAGCACAGUUUUUGUAUAUUGGACACUUUGUAGACUUGGCUCUGAAUAAAGCAGAAUAUCUAGAAGAGCUUCCUGAAACAGAUGAACCUGUCUGGAUCUUAGGAAGGCAGUACCAUCUUAAAACAGAAAGAUCUAAGCUUCUUUUGGAUAUAAGUGCUCGUCUUUGGUUCACCUAUAGAAGAAAGUUUUCGCCAAUUGGUGGGACAGGGCCUUCCUCGGAUGCUGGCUGGGGCUGCAUGCUGCGAUGCGGACAGAUGAUGCUAGCCCAGGCUCUGAUCUGUCGACACUUGGGCCGAGAUUGGCAUUGGGAAGAACACAAAAAGCAACCCGAAGAAUAUCUCAGAAUCUUGCGCUGUUUCCUAGAUAGAAAAGAUUGCUGUUAUUCCAUCCACCAAAUGGCACAGAUGGGUGUUGGCGAAGGGAAAUCUAUUGGGGAAUGGUUCGGACCAAAUACUGUUGCCCAAGUGCUCAAGAAACUUGCAUUAUUUGAUGAAUGGAAUUCCUUAGCUGUUUAUGUCUCUAUGGACAACACUGUGGUGAUUGAAGAUAUCAAGAAGAUGUGUUGGUCCUCUACCCAGAGCUGCCCCAGUGCCCACUGCAGCUCGCUGCCCCACAGGAGCACACGCAGCUGCAACAGGAGCCCAGGAGGGUUCUGCUUGAGUUGGAAGCCUCUGUUGCUGAUCGUACCACUUCGCCUGGGGAUAAACCACAUCAAUCCCGUUUAUGUUGAUGCUUUUAAGGAGUGUUUUAAGAUGCCACAGUCUCUGGGAGCUUUAGGAGGAAAACCAAACAAUGCCUACUACUUUAUAGGAUUCUUGGGAAACGAGCUGAUCUACUUGGACCCUCAUACCACUCAGAGUUUUGUAGAUUCCGAGGAAAACGGCACGCUAGAUGACCACAGCUUCCAUUGUCAGCGGGCACCACAUCGGAUGAAGAUCAUGAACCUUGAUCCCUCCGUAGCUUUAGGGUUCUUUUGUAAAGAAGAGAAAGACUUUGAUAACUGGUGUAGCCUUGUGCAAAAGGAGAUACUCAGGCAGCAGAGUCUGCGAAUGUUUGAGUUGGUUCAGAAGCAUCCACCACACUGGCCUCCUUUCAUACCUCCUUCGAAGCCAGAAGUAACAACAACUGGAGCAGAGCUCAUUGAGUCCACUGAUAAACUGUUUGAAUCGGAAGAAGAGUUUGAGAUCCUGAGUGUAUGAAGGAGGGUUCUGUUGACCUUGUGUGUACCAUUUGACAGUGACUACAACCACUCAGCCUUUCUAGCCCCAAAGUGCCUGCAUACAAACAGUGAACAGAGCACAAGAACUGAAGACAAUAGUUCCAAAAGAACUUCACCGGAAGGGAAUCCUCUUGGCCCAUGCAUUUUUUUCAGAAUGUAUUUUUUUUCCUGAAGAAAAUGAACUUUUGGGGAGUUGAAGGCAAAAACAAAAUUGAAGCAGGACUCUGGUAUGUUACUGGAAAUUGCCCGGAAGGCUUUGAUACCCGAAUGGUUGUUAUUACUCAAUAUAGAUAUGAUGCAGUAGUCUUGCUCACACUGAAAGCAUGAGGCUGAGGUAAAGGAGUGCGUUUACCUCUCCUCCCUUCAUGUGGACAGUUUUGUAAGAAUAAAUGUCAUUGUCUUGUUUUAAAGGAUCGGCGGGAUUAGGCAAAAAUGAUUUUGUUAAAUAUUUUAACAUUUCUGCAACUGCAUUUCUAAAAAACACACCAGCCCAAAUGUUUCUAUAAAAGAAACUGUCUAGUAAAGCAAUUUUGCAGUUCUCCUAGGAGAGACAUAAAAGAACAGGACUUGGAGAGCAACCCUCCAGCUUCUUGAACGGACCCUGUUUUCUUGGCCAAGAAGGGGAGGCAAACAGAGCACACCACGAAAUAUGUCGCUCUUCCUCGUCCAUAAUUUUCUUGUAUUUCACCUUGACCUUAAGUUCACAUCAUUCUUCAAGCUUGCAUUUUUGCUUUGGAGUAAAAACAAAUUUCAUUUCAACUGUAUACUAUUUAUUUUAAGUUAAGCAUUUACAGCCCCCCCCUCCCGUCCGUAAGAGCACUUUCCGUGUGCAUCUAUUAAAAUUCUUAAACCUUCAA